UAAUUUCUUAAUCCAUCGAGGAUCGCAUGGUUUCACAGGUUUGUCACUUUAGUUUAAAAUGGAAUCCGAUAAGGGAUACGAGCAACAGACCCAACAAUCAAAAUAUGAAUGUCUUCUGUUUGAUGUUGAUGAUACCCUUUAUCCUUUAAAUUGUGGAUUAUCAGCAGAGUGCACCAAAAACAUCACUGAGUAUAUGGUGAAUAAGCUUGCUAUUGAAGAAAGCAAAGUGCCAGAAAUGUGUGUUCAACUCUACGGUGAUUACGGGACAACAAUGGCUGGUCUCCGGGCUCUUGGCUAUGAUUUUGACUAUGAUGACUACCAUAGUUUUGUCCAUGGAAGAUUACCCUAUGAGUAUCUCAAACCCGACCCUCUUCUGAAAAAUCUUUUGCAUAGCUUGCCCUUAAGGAAAGUGAUUUUUUCAAAUGCAAAUGAGGCGCACGUGGCUGAAGUCCUUGGCCGUCUUGGAUUGGAGGACUGUUUUGAUGAUGUGAUAUGUUUCGAGACUCUGAAUCCUAAAGGGCAAGACAUCGAUGACGACAAUGAUGCUACCAAAAGUUCUGUUAUUGGAGAUGCCAACAAUGAACCUGUUGCUGUACUACCUAAGACUCCUAUUGUCUGCAAACCUUUUGAAAACGCUUUCCAACAGGCAUUUCUGAUUGCAGAAAUUAAUCCUGAGAAAUCUUUAUUCUUUGAUGAUAGCAUACGCAAUAUCCAGACUGCAAAACUCUUGGGACUCAGCACUGUGCUGGUCGGGUCAUCACAACGUAAACAAGGGGCGGACUAUGCAUUAGAAAGCAUCCACAACAUAAGGGACGCGUUGCCGGAGCUAUGGGAAUCUGUCAAUGAGUCAAAAGAUGUCGCUGGUUCGCAAAAGGUUGCAAUUGAGACUCCUGUGAAUGUGAAUGCUUAGAUGAACAACAUUCUUAUACUCCUAACAUCAUGGCUCUAAUCUUUGUAAUUGUCUUACUCAGUGAAUGCAGUCUGGUUCUAACUACUGAUUCAUGUAUAUGU